AUGUUGCCUGGACUAGAGAUCGAAGAUGUGUGUGCUCGAGCUUCACCUCCACUCUCAUGUCUCCCAUUCCCGCAAGCUGUCAUCACGAUCGCCUCAGCUGUCACCGUUAUGCUGUUGAUAGUAUUGGGAAACUUCAUCGUCGUCGUGACAGUGUAUCGAGAUCGAAAGCUGAGAAUGCAACGACAAAAUUGGUUGAUCGUUUCGUUGGCGGUGGCUGAUCUGCUUGUUGGUCUACUCGUGAUGCCUUUGACAUUGACCUAUGAGGUCUUUGGAGAAUGGAGGAUGGGAAUGUUGCUAUGUGAGACAUGGCUUGCUUUGGAUGUCCUCUUCGUCACCGCCUCAAUCCUUCACAUCUGUGCGAUCUCUUUGGAUCGAUAUUUCUCUGUCACUUCUCCGUUGACUUAUCCAGCGAAGAGAACUCCACAGAGAAUGAUUACAAUGAUUGCAAUCUCUUGGUUGGUCUCAUUGUUGAUCUGUUUGCCCCCGAUUCUCGGCUGGAGGCCUGAAAGGAAACCUGGAGAGUGUUCAUUGAGUACAGAUAUUGGCUAUGUUCUCUAUUCCGCAAUGGGCUCUUUCUAUAUCCCAGUCAUUGUUUUGAUAUGUGUUUACGCGAAGAUCUAUAGUAUCACAAUACGGCAUAGUCGACAACGAUUGAAAGAAACGGAAAGACGGGAUAAAACCCUCGUUCGAUUGACAGCCACUGCAAGUAUUGCGAAUAGGACAACUGAAUGCAGCGCUCCAGCUUCCGAUUCCACGCAAAAGACUCAAACUCCCGAAAUGGAGGAGGAGAACUCGGACCCAAAUGACGAAGAAAAGGAUAAUAACAAGAUGGCGAUCAAUCAAGUGUGCUGGCAUUUGAGAAAAAUCUCGGAAGAACUCUCACAAGUGACUACAGAAGAGAAGAAGAGUCAACUAGCAGCUUUUUUCUCGAGUCGAAAAGAAGCAAAUGGGAAUUGUAAUCGAGAAGAGAAUAUCGAGAAACGACGGAGAAAGCUUAAAGCAAAAGAACGACAAGCCACUUUACUACUGGGUAUUAUCCUGUCUGCCUUCAUUCUUUCAUGGUUGCCAUUUUUUUUAAUGUAUCUUCUUGGUGCUUUCGGGAUGGAGGCUCCGGAGAUUGUGUUCAAAUUUUUCUUCUGGUUGGGCUACUGCAAUUCGGGCAUCAAUCCCGUCAUCUACACAGUUUUCAAUCGGGAAUUCAAGCGAGGACUUUGUCGUCAAUUGAGGAAAUUCGAACGAUCCUUUUCCCCAUUCACGAAUACAUUUAAA